AUGAUGUGAGAAAGAGAGCGAACUGCAUCCCAGAGCAACACGGGACAGCGGAGGAGAUGAACAGAUAGAAAGAGACGAGAGGUUAGAAGUCACUGAUUUAAGAGAUAACCAACGUCAAGCCACUGACUCACAGCUGGGAACACAGCCGGGUGUGAUAGCUGAAGAGGUUGCAGGCAAACACUGACUGGACUGACUGUGACAUUGUGAGCGAGGGUCGGCUUUAUUGUGCUGGAAUGAAAUAAUAAUUUUAGUUCACGCAGUAUCAACAGGAAACACUGGUGGACUACGCGUGGAAGAUCAGCUUUUGAACUGCGGAGUAAAAUAGGAUUAAGAAAGUGGAGGCUACAGGUUUGGAGAGUAUGGGGGCUUCAUUUCACAUCCAGCAUGAAAUGGCUUCAUCAGUUUGGCAACAAAUAUAGUGCAGAAAACUUUGGCUAAAUUUAGCUAAUUCUGGACAGAUGGAAUAGAAUGGGAGCAACCUGUGUGAUUGAAAAAUAAUUCAAGUAAACUAAAAAUUGGGACUUCAGGAUGUCAUAUAUCUCCACCGAUACUAAAGCCAUGGAGGCUCAACAGUGGCAGAAAGAAUGGGAUUACCAACUAAUACAUACCCUCAGGUUGGAAAUCCUGCCAAGGUGUUUGAAUCAUGCGGUCCACUGAGAGCAUGGAGCCCGAGGAAGUGCACAGCAAGAGAAGCUUGUAUAGCAAGGUUGAUGUGCCCGACCAUGCUCACUAUGUUGUCGCUUUCUUCGUCUUUGUGAUUGGGGCACUUGGCAUCAUUGGGAAUACCCUGGUUAUGUUUGCUUUCUACAGCAACAAGAAGCUCCGCAAACUCCCGAACUACUUCAUUAUGAACUUGGCGGUGAGCGACUUCCUGAUGGCUUUCACACAGUCGCCCAUCUUCUUUGUCAACUGCAUCUACAAGGAAUGGAUGUUUGGAGACAUUGGCUGUAAAAUCUAUGCUUUCUGUGGUGCCCUUUUUGGCAUUUCUUCCAUGAUUAACCUUCUGGCCAUAUCGAUUGAACGGUAUCUGGCCAUCACCAGACCACUGCGGACCAUACAGUGGGGUUCUAAACGAAAAAUGAUUUUUGCCAUCUUUCUCAUCUGGUCUUAUUCUUUGGCUUGGAGUCUGGCUCCUCUUGUUGGCUGGAGCUCCUAUAUUCCAGAGGGACUGAUGACAUCUUGCACAUGGGAUUAUGUUACAUAUACAACAGCUAAUAGGAGCUACACCAUGAUGCUCUGCUGUUUUGUCUUUUUUAUACCACUCGGAAUCAUCUUUUUCUGCUAUCUUCGAAUGUUUCUAUCUAUCCGAAAGACUGGCAGAGAGGUUGAACGUUUGGGCACUCAGGUCAGAAAAACCACUCUUAUCCAACAAAAGUCCAUCAGGAGUGAGUGGAAAUUGGCAAAGAUUGCCUUUGUUGUCAUUGUGGUAUAUGUCCUCUCCUGGUCACCGUACGCCUGUGUCACAUUGAUUUCCUGGGCUGGCUAUGCCAACAUUUUAUCGCCAUACUCCAAGGCUGUCCCUGCAGUCAUUGCAAAAGCAUCCACAAUCUAUAACCCCAUCAUCUAUGCCAUUAUACACAACAAAUACAGGAUGACUCUGGCAGAAAAGGUGCCCUGUCUGUGGUUUUUGUUUCCGGCUCCCAGAAAGGAAUGCCUGUCCUAUUCCAUCAGCGAAUCCUCUCUGAGGGACUCCAUCAUCAGCAGACAGUCCAACGCUUCACGCACUCAUUUUAUCAAUGCUUUGCCCAACCGCUUUGAUACGAUGUUGAAGGAUAUGGAGAAAGAACAUCUGGGGAGGAAAUCAGGAUGUUCCUUCAAAAACAUGUCAUCAUACAGGCAGUCAGACAGAGGCAGGUCCUAUAAGAGGCCAUCUGAGCAGAAAAUAAAUAAAUACACACCAGAGCAGCAACCACCUACUAUAAGUGACCCACUUAGCACCUGCGACCCUGACCUGGUUUCCAGCUCUCUGACUAUUGCAACUCUACCAUUACUCGUUCUUACCAGGAGGCGCAGUGAGAGUGUAACCGAUGAGAUUUCAAACACAUGCAAUGACAAAAACAACAUCAGGGAUCGACUGCACAGCCAGAAGAGCAGCUCUUUUGAUUCUCUGAAUCUUGGGAAAAAACCCUACGCUGAACCAAAGUCUCCCCAGAGUGUUCCUCGUAUAAUUGUCAUCAGUCCCACCUCUGAAAGCAGCAUCAUCAGCUCCAAUAGUGUCCGAUUUGAAGAUAACAUCGAGGCAAUGGAAAACAAUGUCUUUGUUAGUCUGAACUUUUCAACAGAAGUAUUCGAGGCAGUGAAACUACUCUCUUGACCAGCUGGAAAUAUGUUUGCUUUGGACAAUCAAAUGGACAGAGGUCAACGUCCCAUACUUUUUCCCGGCAUGUUGAAUUGUCCUGCUUGUGACUUUUACCACAGAUACUGCAGAGCAGAAGAAAAUCUGUGAGAUUAAGCAAGAUAAAGUUCUCUGGCUUGGAAAGAUUCACGUAAAAAGGCAUUUUGCAUGUUUUUUUUUUUUUUCUUGAGUUCUCUCACAAAAAAACAACUGCGUUAUUCUUUUAAAAAAACUUGAUGUGCCACACAAAAAACUUGUCUGGACUGAAAAAAAUCCUCAAUAUAUUGUCCUACUAUUUUUUUUUUAAUGAAAUCAGACAAUGCAGCACAAAUGCUGAAAAUCAGACAAGAAGAGUGGAGAUAUAGAUACAAUAUCUUUGUUUCCCUUUAUUCCUUAAAAUCAAUAAGAAACUGAAGGAAAGCAAAACAAUAUCAUGUUCUAACUGUGUCUUUGAAGCUCAGAUAUUCAUUUUUUACCUUGUGCUAGCUUCUUUAGGCCACAUGGACCAGAUUUAUGCUGGCAAAAAUUCAGCAGUGUAAUGAAAAGUGAAGUAGUUCAAACCCUCAGGAAAGGUAGGUUAUCUCCCAUAACACCAUGAUAUUUCUCUCCACGCUCACUCUUCUGAUACUGCUCUGUUGUAGUUGGUCAUUCUGAAACAGUGGCAACAACGUAAAUCAUUUGAGAUGUAAUUUGCUGAGAUGUAAGCACAUCAAAACGUCAUUAAUUUCAUAACUGGGAUUGAAUUGUAAUGUAGGUGACAGAAUAUUAACCUGAGUUGGAAUAAAUUCAGGACAUACAUAUUUCUGUAUAUAAACUGGCUUUUUUUAUAGUGGCCAAUAUUGGCCAAUACAAGGCUGGUAAUAUCCUACAAGAAAGGUGAAUACCAAAAUGUCCUUGUUAAAGAACUUGGUCGUUCACAGAGUUGUAGAUCCAAAUAUAUUAAUAGGAAAUUAUUUGGAAGACAAAUAACCUACAGUAUUGAGUGGAACACAGAAACCCCAGAACCUAUUUGCAACAACUGAACAAUAAAGUGAAUAAACACAAAACCUAAAAAAAAAAAUUGUAAAAGCUUUGGUUUGGAUAAGGAUACUGUAUAUUUUUAUGAAUCAAUAAUUUUUAGCAAACUGUUUUAGCCAUUAUUACAUCUUGUUGAGGCCUGUUUCUAUGUACACCACAGCUUAUUUUCUUUCCAAUCUCUGUAGAUUUAAAGUCAGAAGAUGAAAUUAUUGUAUAUUUUGCAAAACGUACAUGGGUUCAUGAGAAACACGACAUCUUACCUUACAUAGUUUGACAGUAUUUUUUCAUAUCAGUGUCAAUGUUACUCUUUCCAUGUAGAUUUUAAUUCCACCUGUUUACCAUCUGUUCUUUAGAUCAAUGUUUCCUACAAUUUAUUCUGCAAUUUACUGUAGAUAAGUUGUUUAAAGAUUCAAAUGUCAUAUGUUCUUCUUUGUUUCUUAUUGUUUCUUCGUUUUCUCAUUUUUAAAAAUGUAAAUAAAUAUCAAUAUAUAUACACAGACAAUAU